AUGGCUUCAGACACCAGAGUAACCCUCAUUCCAUGGGAUCCGCAAUCCCCGAGUCAUCGGGCAUGGCUCCUUCAACAGCGAGAUGAGUGCGGCUGGGAUCGGGAAAAGGUCAAUGGUGUGUGGAUUGAUUAUCAGACUCAAGGUAUUAAAAGUAUCUUUUGGAUUGUCCUACCUGAAGACAAGCAGGACAGUGCCUAUGACGAGACGCAGCAAAGCUUUGAAGAAGAUCAGCAAUCAUCCGAUACACAACCCUUGUUUCUCCGAGACACAGCCCAGUCUCUGAAAGGCGUGUCUCGCCAACCAACACACGUCAAAUUCCAACCCGUUGGCCACAUCUCGCUUGAUUCCGACAACCCCGGAGUCGAACGAGUAGGCGUGACCAGCUCCGCACCGGGGAUGUUUUGGAUCAAGACGUUCUUCGUCUCCAAAACGGUUCAGAGCCGAGGCGUUGGUCGCGCGGCCAUGGAAGAGCUCGAGUUGAUGGCGACUAGUGCUCCGCUCUCAGCGCGUGUUCUGGUGCUGGAUGUUGUGCUCGGCGAAGAUCAGAUGAGAGAGGACUUUGCGCUUGCGACGUAUGGUACUCUCCCAAAGUUUUCUACGGAGCAGUGGUAUCUUCGUAGAGGGUAUAGCCCCUUCCAGACAGCGCAGAACUUUUAUGAUGUGGUGGAUCGAAGUGGCAAGCGUUGGGAUAUGAGGACAGUCUUUAUGAAGAAGGAGAUUCAAUAA